AUGGCCACUACAAGCUCCGCACCGUCUGCGGUCUUCCCCCGGAGCCAUGUCGGUUUCGAUAGCAUUACUUCUCAGAUUGAACGGAAGCUGCUGAAACGUGGCUUCCAAUUCAAUGUUAUGUGUGUUGGCCAAACUGGUCUCGGAAAGUCUACUCUGAUCAACACCAUCUUCGCCUCCCAUCUGAUCGAUUCAAAGGGUCGUUUAACCCCCAACGAACCCGUACGCUCGACCACCGAGAUCCAAACUGUUUCCCAUAUCAUCGAGGAAAAUGGCGUCCGUCUCAGGCUCAACAUUGUCGACACCCCUGGAUACGGUGAUCAAGUUAACAAUGAUAGAUGCUGGGACCCAAUUGUGAAAUAUAUCAAGGACCAGCACUCCGCUUACCUCCGCAAAGAGCUCACCGCCCAACGUGACCGCUACAUUCAAGAUACCCGUAUUCACUGCUGUCUGUUUUUCAUUCAGCCAUCUGGCCAUGCUCUGAAACCCAUCGAUAUUGUCGUCCUGAAAAAGUUGUCCGAUGUGGUCAAUGUCGUUCCCGUUAUCGCCAAGGCUGAUUCACUUACCCUGGAGGAACGUCAGGCCUUCAAGGAGCGAAUCAAGGAGGAGUUUGCCUUCCACAACCUCAAGAUGUACCCGUAUGAUAACGAUGAGCUCGACGAUGAGGAGCGUGCUGUGAAUGCCCGCAUUAAGGAUAUAAUCCCUUUUGCAGUUGUUGGAAGCGAGAGGACCAUUGUCGUCAACGGUCAGCCUGUUCGUGGACGCCAAAACCGCUGGGGAGUUAUCAAUGUGGAAGAUGAGAGCCACUGCGAAUUUGUUUCCCUGCGAAAUUUCCUUACCCGCACCCAUCUCCAGGACCUCAUCGAAACGACAAGCCAAAUCCAUUACGAGACCUUCCGCGCUAAGCAACUUCUUGCUUUGAAAGAGAGCAGCGCUGCAGGUGGCCAUAGUGGCGGCAGUCGGCCAAUUAGCCCCUCCGCCGACAGGGAACUAAGCCGCAACUCACAGCGAGUGACGAUGAACGGCUAUUAG